UUUGUUAAGCGGCAUCCAUCAAUCCAUUGAUUCCCACUUCCGACUUUCCGGACGACUUGAGCACCAACCCGCUUCGAACCGGCGGUAUAUCUGGGGUCAAGUUUCCAACGUCGUGUGGACGCUCCGGGAGGACAGAUUGCUCGUUCUCAAUGUUCAAACCAGAAGUAGCACUGAGGUAGCCGAUAUCCUCCCGCGGUUGCCGUCUCGAACUCCCCAGCCCACCGCGCCUUCGCGCCCCGUCGCGAGAUAGGGGCUCGCAAUGUUAAAAGCAGCAACACGGCCGAGGCAAUGGCAACGAUGGGUCUGCUCGAGCUGCUUGCUCCAGCGCGCCGCCCCAGCCCACCAACGGCGACGGUUCGCGACGUCCCACAAGUCGUCCUCCCUCGGAGACCCGUCUAUUGUCCCCGCCAGCGAUGCGCCACCACUACGAGCAGAUGACUUCAUCCUGCGCUCCGUCUUCGAUUAUCCCCAUGUUUGGCGGGACUUUUCUAGCCUCCCGGGAGGCUUCAGUGUCGGCCUCUUUCGAAACUCCUUCCUGAAGGAGCCCAAGGGCUUCGUUACAUUCGCGCAUGUGAGCCUCAGCAAAGCCCGCGCCAUUGUCGCCAAGGUGUUGGCCGCCUCGUCUGUUGCCGAGUACCGCGCCAUUGUCCGAGACCUCGACCGCCUCAGCGACAUCCUCUGCCGCGUGCUCGACAUGGCUGAUUUUGUGCGCGUCACCCACCCGGACCGCCAGACGCAAUACAUGGCGAGCAAGGCCUGGGACAUGGUGUAUCAGUACAUGAACGAGCUCAACACAAUGACGGGCCUGCACGACCAGCUGGUGGUUGCCAUGUCCAACCCGGACGUCACGGCCGUCUGGUCCGAGGAGGAGAAGGCAGUGGCCGACGUGCUGAAGCUGGACUUUACCAAGUCCGCCGUCAACCUGCCCCAGAAAUACCGCGACCGCUUUGUGGAGCUCUCGUCGGAGAUCAGCACAGUCGCAUCGGCCUUCGUGCAAGAUAUGGCGCCGGACCAGCACACGCUCACCUUUCCGAGCAGCGAGCUCCGUGGUAUGGACCCCGUCCAGGCGCGGGACUUGACCCAGAACGGCAGGGUCUAUCUCCACACGUUAAGCGGUCAGGCCGCGCUGGCGUUGCGCACUGUCCACGACUCGGAUGUGCGGAAACGCAUAUAUUACGCCUCUCGCACCGCGUCCCGCCGGUCCGUCGAGAUGCUCGAGUAUCUGAUGAAGCUGAGGGCUGAGCUGGCCAAUCUUUCGGGCUUUGAGAGCUACGGCCACCUCGCCCUCCGCGAUCGGAUGAUGGCGAGGAGUCCCGAGGCCGUCGACCAAUUUCUCCGUGCUCUGGCCACGAGCAACAAACCCAGGGCCGUGCAAGAGAUGGAGGAGCUAUUACUCGAGAAGCGAAAAUCCUACCCGAACUCAAAUCGGCUCGAACCCUGGGACAAGGACUAUUACUCGGACAUACUCCGCAGGACGCUGAGGUUAAGCGGACGACAGGGCGAUCUACUGUCCCCUUACUUUUCUUUAGGCGUCGUCAUGCAGGGCCUCUCCAGGCUCUUCACCAAGCUAUAUGGCAUCCGGCUAGUGCCCAAGCAGCCCUUGCUGGGCGAAACCUGGCACCCCGACGUGCGCCGAUUGGACGUCAUGUCCGACACGGACGGGCACGUCGCUGUCUUGUACUGCGAUCUCUUCUACCGCCCGGAUAAGUCACCGAAUCCGGCACACUUCACGGUUCGGUGCUCACGCGAGAUCUCCGAAGCCGAGAUGGCCGAGGUGUGGGAACAGAGCCGGUAUGAUCCCGAGAUGGCCGUGUUUGCGAACCCCGAGCUGGCUGCCAACGACGGCAUGGCCUUCUCGAGGCACGGCAAGGCCAUCAAGCAGCUGCCCACGAUUGCGCUCGUCUGCGACUUCCCGCAGCCCUCCAAAAAGGGCGACCAGCCCGCUCUCCUAAGCUUCUUCCAGCUCGAGACCCUCUUCCACGAGAUGGGCCACGCCAUACACUCCGUCCUGGCCCGCACCUCGUUCCAGACGGUCUCGGGAACACGGUGCGCUACCGACCUGGCGGAGUUGCCUUCGACGCUGAUGGAGUACUUUGCGGCCGACGCCGCGGUGCUGGCUGAGUUUGCGCGGCACCACGAGACCAACGACCCACUGCCACAUCGCAUGGUCGUGCAAAAGUUGCGCCAGGCCCGCCGCUUCGAGGCGUCCGACACGGAGAACCAGAUCAUCCUCGCCAUGCUUGACCAGGCGCUGCACUCGCCGCUUGCGCGCAGGCCCGGGUUUGACUCGACCGAAAUCUUUCACGGGAUCCAAAGGAAGUACAGCAGCGGGCCGCCAGAUCCGCCGGGGACGAGGUGGCAGGGGUUCUUUGGGCACUUGUCCGGCUACGGGAGCACGUAUUAUAGCUACCUGUUUGAUCGGGUGCUCGCGCAGCGCGUGUGGGACGUUGUGUUUGCGUCGGGAAGCGGGGGCGGGGCGCUCAAGAGGGAGAACGGGGAGAGGUUGAAGGAGAGUCUGCUCAGAUGGGGCGGCGGCAGGGAUCCGUGGAGGUGUCUGGCCGACGUGCUCGGGGAUGAGAGGCUGGCGGGGGGAGGAGAGGAGGCUAUGGCCUUGGUAGGGAGUUGGGGGUCGACGAAGCAGGUCUAGGUGGGGAGCUUGUGGUCGAUUGUGGAUGUAUGUAUACCUGUGCCUACUUGCAUAGAAGCCAUUUAGAGGAUGUGCGCCAUGCUAUAGCGGUCGUGACGGCCAUUGGCGGCCCCAAGCACCUCGCCAUGUUCAUCCGGGCGAUCAAGUGAGCAAG